UCCUGCUGCUGUUAUACGUUUAAUGACAUUGAACUGCGUUGUGCCUUUAAUGACAGACUUCAGAAAUAAAUGUUCUUUUGUGUGAUUGAUUUUAGAGACCAUGAAUCAACUAUGCGUACCGAUCUUACUAGCACUGCUGUGGAUGCCUUGCUUAGUGCAAUGUAUACCGGCAUUUACAAGAAAGGGAGAAAGGUAUUCACCGUGUCUCAUUGACGGGGAUUGUCUGUCAGUCCAACAUUGUCAAUGGUUACCAAGCGCUCGAGAACCAAAUGGAUGGUGUGUUUUCGAUCUGAGCGAGGUCCGAUCCAGAGGACGUAAGGAGUACCAGCGCAAUAAGCGACUUCGACGUACUACAUACAGCGAAGAUUCACUAGUAGGUGAUGCUACAAAUCAGCAUACCAACGAAAUGCAGCCUCGAGUCCGAGGUGUAAAUGAUCCACAUGAGAUGAAGGGCGUGGAUUACGCAAACAACUACAAAGAUUACGGUGGUGUGCAGCAGAGGUUUUUGCCACGAAGGCCAACUGAAAAUCAACCCAUGUUGCACGGUGCUGAUGGUUUGCAGCAUAGUGAUGGGUUUUUCCCACGGAGGCCAACUGAAAACCAACCCAUGUUGGACGGUGCUGUUGGUUUGCAGCAAAGUGAUAUGCCACGGAGGCCAACUGAAAACCAACCCAUGUUGGACCAAGUUGUUGAAGACGGUAACCAGCCACAGAAUUCCAAUUCAGAGUUUGUCAUCAGUGAAGACAACACACGUGAUACCUAUGAGUUGAACAACGCCAUGGAUAUCAAUAGAAUCCACAUCCCUACCCAAAAGAGUUUAGGUCUGUAUCUGAACGGGGGCGGUCCAGACAGGACGGACAGCCGUAAGCAAGCCCAUGGUUAUGAUGGACAUCAGAACAAAGGUAAUGGGAUUGAGGAAGAUGUUGGUUUUGCAGAUGACAUUGCCCAUGAUCCUAUAGAGCUGGCAGCAGCUGCUGAGGCUGCUGCUAUACGAGAUGGAGAUGAUCUUCCUGAUGAUUUUGAUCAUACCGAUGGUUUAGGAUGGCAAGGAGGAGAUGAAUGACCGACCAUGAUAGACGCAAACAGAUUUAAAGGAAGUGGACACUAUUGGU